AUGUCGGAAUAUGAGCAUCCCUCCUCUGAAACCCGUUCCUCAGGACAUCGCGAGUCCGCAGACAGUCUCUCGACCUCUUUCAACCCCGCAGUCAUCGAGCAAUGUCUCAAAUUCAUUAUCCAUUACCGGAAGCAUAAGACCACAAAAGCAAAAGCAAUACUUGGCAUCCAACAGGUACUUGCGGGAGCCACUACCAAUGGAGACCCCGCCUUUGAAAGCGGAUUCGGCCAUUAUCUUGAGGUCCUUGACGCCGUUAGGACAGAGGAAGAGCCAGAAAAUAUUCGAGGAAGUCCAAGACCGACACGUUCGGGUGGAAGUGAAGUCUUGUAUGAUCCAGAGCGAGAAGUCUUCAGAAGUGCGAUCAGAAGAGGCAGAGCGCAGAGUAAAGAAACUGAGGAUGAUGACGAGCAGGAAUCAGGGUACGCAGGGAGUAGCAGAAUCAAAAGGGAAAAGCGGAGAAGACUUAACGAUGAUGUACUUCAAUUCUGCCCUUGGUUUGAGCCAUCCAAAUUUCAAUCCCUCACUCGAUCGCAAGGGAUUCAAAUGGCCUUGCGGUGCUAUGAAGAAUGGUCAGAUGACCCAAAGUAUUAUCGCACCAGAAUCACCACUACGCCUGGAUGCCCAAAGUUGUCUACCUCACAGUGGACAUUGCUUCUCGAAGGGAAAGCGGUGGAUCUCGAUAAAGUCUUCACCGGACGGUAUUCCACUGCCAUCGACUCUAAGCAAACCCAGUUCCUUGGGAAGGGAUUUGAGCUCUCGCUCUCCCAACCAACCGUUAGUCACAAGGUCAAAUCUGCGGGGGAUUGGGGAAUCGCGACCGACAUAUGGACUCGAGCGCUCACCUUCAUCAUGCCGUGGAGGGAAGAGGAAAUUCGAGAGUAUAGGGAGUACAUGUCCGACAUCUUCGGAAACCACUUCUAUUCCGUCCAUGAGCGUGUCCUCGACUUCGACCGUGCCGUUCAACUCCUCAUUGAACAACAAAAGUUUCUCCGCCUCGAUGACUUCCCUAAAUUCGAAGGACUCAAGUCCAGCCACUUGUCAGCUUUUGGGAUGGUCGCCUGCAUGCAAGGGUCACACGGAUCGGGAGAAAAGGGAGGGAAAGAACUCACCACAGAGAAACGGCAACCCAGAGGAAGGGGAGAGCCGUGUCACAAAUGGAACCGAGGGGAAUGUGACAAGGAGGCGAGAGAAUGCCUCUACUUCCACGUAUGUGACAGAGGAAGCUGCAGGGGGAGCCAUAAGCGGGGAGAGUGUCCCUUGGACAAAAAGGGUAAAUGA